AAGACCGUCAUAACCUUUCAACCCAACAACAACAACAACAAACCCUUUGUGAAGGAGAGUUUUUCUCGCCCCAAGAAGUGUUAUUACUCACAUCAUUUUGCACUCCUUUGCCAAAUUUUGUUGGGUAUGGAGGCCAUAUUGUCCUGUGCAUCAUAAUUUCCCUAUAGAUUUUGGACUUCAUGUUGCUUAUAUGAAGUGUGACGGAUCGACAGAAGAGAAACAAUGGCAGGAGGACGACGCAACACUUCCCGUGCUCCACCACCCAAGCCUGUGGCACUCCUAGAUCAUGAGUUAAAGAGAUUAGGGCAUGCAGAAGAAGGGCCUCCUCUGAUGCCCAUCACACUUCCUAAGCACUUGACUAUUCCGGAUAUUCCUCGCAUCUCUGAGUUGGGAUUUGAGACAUUGAUGUUGGUGUUUAGCCUUAUGUCUCUCGCACUUCAAUACCUGAAUAUCUAUCGCACUGUCUUCUGGCUGCCACACUCUCACACCAAAUAUGCCAUGAAUCUGUACCUGAUCGAUGGAAGUGUAGUGUGGUUUAUUGUGGUGACACUGACCCGGAGGUGGGGCUGGAGCAUCCUCAAGUUAGUCAUUACCAGAUGUCUUCACCAGUCUCUCUGGAAAUCGUCUCUCUCUGUAGCUCGAGUGGUGUUUGUAUGUAUCAUUGCAACACUCCUUGGCUUUUGUCUGUACACCAUCAGUGAUGCUCUCACUUACAUCAAGAUACUGGCUCUUGGAUACCCACUUGUGUUUUAUGUCUUCAUAUUUGACAUGGAGAUCACAUCCUUCUUAGAGGUUAUCCCAGUUCCUUUAUAUUACAAGGAAGAAGGUAUCAAGUCCAGGCAAGCUGUGCCGCGUCUUAUACAGCACACUUGUGUGAACAUCGCAGAAACAGUACGGGGAGAAGUUGAAUUUUUGACUAAUGAUUGCAACAAGCGCAUGGCUCAGGUCAUGUACCAAACCUUCGUCAUAGUUUACUACACAACCCUCAUACCGUGCUUCUUUGUUCCGUGAAGUCCAUUGUAUUAUGAUGUUCCAUGGGUUUCAUUUCAUAUUGUAUUUGUGACAAGUACAUGCUUUAUAUGGCAUCUACUCUACUGUUACCCUGCAAGGUACUGUGAUAUUCUUCACCGAGCAUCAAUGCAUCUUGGAGGAUGGGCUCGAGUUGAAGGGCGGUCAGCUCACGCACCUUACAAUCCUUGGUCCAGUUCAAUGUCGUGGCCACAAGGAGCUUUGGUGAAACACAAUCGGGAACUGUACCGAGCCGAGGGCAUCACCAAUGCUGCAGAACCUGGCAACACUACUCAUGCCAGGUUAUAUGCAAUCUUCUGCGACCCUUCUCGGCCAGUAUUGGUGUUGGUGUGGGUGUGCGUGUGUUGUGUUCUGCUUCACCUGGUACUGCUGGCCUCCUUGCAUCAAUGGCAUCAGUUACUGGCAACGGCUCUUGUUUUAUCAGCAUCAUAUGCAGCGCUUUAUUACCUCCUGAGAGACUAUUUAGUACUUAGAAAAGUUUAUCAACAGGAACAACAGCUCCAGGAAAGAGUUUUGAACUAAAAAAUGAUAUGAAAAUACUAUGUGCAACAAAUACCGUUGAAUGUUCGGCAAAACGUAUUUUGUGUUUUGGGAAAAUAAUUUUUAAAAUAUUUUGUUUGUAAGAGCAUUCUGUGUAUAUAAGCGUGUAUUGUACGUUAUAUGUUAGAUGUAAGCAAGUAAUAAAAGAAAUAAAGUGCCAUUGCUAGAUUAGAAGUAAGUUAUAACCAACAUGGUAAUGGGUUUAAUCAGAGUCACACUUAAUUCAUUUAUUUUUACUUUGAGAUCAUUCAGAUGAAAGAAAAUAUUGAAUGUAAUGUUUGACAACUGAUGUAAUGUUAGAGUGAAGGAACCAGUUUUAGUGCUUAUGUAUGAGAGUUUUACACAUUCUGCUGUUUUUCUCUUCUUAUGGCUUUCAAGAUUCAUUACUUAUUCAACAUUUAGUGUUUUGCCAGUGGCAGGUUGACUCAGAAGGAAAAUAUAUUCAUCACUCAUUUAGUAGUGGUCUUUCCAGAAGUGUACUGACAUCACAAUUCAAAUAAUCCAUCAAAACUUCAACAUUCCCUCGCAUCCUUCAGAGUGUAGGCAUUGCACCUCCAAGUUCUAGGACUCAUGCUCAGCAAGCUGGAUUCUGCAAGUUCUUUCAUAGAUGUUAUGUUGAUCUUCUCUAACACAUUCAUACAUACUGUCAUGCAAAGUGUCGUAUCUCUGCACUCUGGCAAGACAAUGAUAGUGUGAAUGAUGGUGAAAGUGUUUCUUUUUUGAGUCACCCUGCCUCAGUGAGAGACAACCAGUGCAUUUAAAAAAAAUAUUGGCUGAUUAUUUAUUUUUUUUUUUAUUAUCACACUGGCCGAUUCCCACCAAGGCAGGGUGGCCCGAAAAAGAAAAACUUUCACCAUCAUUCACUCCAUCACUGUCUUGCCAGAAGGGUGCUUUACACUACAGUUUUUAAGCUGCAACAUUAACACCCUUCAGACUGCAGGCACUGUACUUCCCAUCUCCAGGACUCAAGUCCGGCCUGCCGGUUUCCCUGAACCCCUUCAUAAAUGUUACUUUGCUCACACUCCAACAGCACGUCAAGUAUUAAAAACCAUUUGUCUCCAUUCACUCCUAUCAAACACGCUCACGCAUGCCUGCUGGAAGUCCAAGCCCCUCACACACAAAACCUCCUUUACCCCCUCCCUCCAACCUUUCCUAGGCCGACCCCUACCCCGCCUUCCUUCUACUACAGACUGAUACACUCUUGAAGUCAUUCUGUUUCGCUCCAUUCUCUCUACAUGUCCAAACCACCUCAACAACCCCUCCUCAGCCCUCUGGACUACAGUUUUGGUAAUCCCGCACCUCCUCCUAACUUCCAAACUACGAAUUCUCUGCAUUAUAUUCACACCACACAUUGCCCUCAGACAUGACAUCUCCACUGCCUCCAGCCUUCUCCUCGCUGCAACAUUCAUCACCUAUGCUUCACACCCAUAUAAGAGCGUUGGUAAAACUAUACUCUCAUACAUUCCCCUCUUUGCCUCCAAGGACAAAGUUCUUUGUCUCCACAGACUCCUAAGUGCACCACUCACCCUUUUCCCCUCAUCAAUUCUAUGAUUCACCUCAUCUUUCAUAGACCCAUCCGCUGACACGUCCACUCCCAAAUAUCUGAAUACAUUCACCUCCUCCAUACUCUCUCCCUCCAAUCUGAUAUCCAAUCUUUAAUCACCUAAUCUUUUUGUUAUCCUCAUAACCUUACUCUUUCCUGUAUUCACUUUUAAUUUUCUUCUUUUGCAUACCCUACCAAAUUCAUCUACCAAUCUCUGCAACUUCUCUUCAGAAUCUCCCAAGAGCACAGUGUCAUCAGCAAAGAGCAACUGUGACAACUCCCACUUUAUGUGUGAUUCUUUAUCUUUUAACUCCACGCUUCUUGCCAAGACCCUCGCAUUUACUUCUCUUACAGUCCCAUCUAUAAAUAUAUUAAACAACCACGGUGACAUCACACAUCCUUGUCUAAGGCCUACUUUACUGGGAAAUAAUUUCCCUCUUUCCUACAUACUCUAACUUGAGCCUCACUAUCCUCGUAAAAACUCUUCACUGCUUUCAGUAACCUACCUCCUAUACCAUACACCUGCAACAUCUGCCACAUUGCUCCCUUAUCCACCCUGUCAUACGCCUUUUCCAAAUCCAUAAAUGCCACAAAGACCUCUUUAGCCUUAUCUAAGUACUGUUCACUUACAUGUUUCACUGUAAACACCUGGUCCACACACCCCCUACCUUUCCUAAAGCCUCCUUGUUCAUCUGCUAUCCUAUUCUCUGUCUUACUCUUAAUUCUUUCAAUAAUAACUCUACCAUACACUUUACCAGGUAUACCCAACAGAAUUAUCCCCCUAUAAUUUUUUGCACUCUCUUUUGUCCCCUUUGCCUUUAUACAAAGAAACUAUGCAUGCUCUCUGCAAUCCCUAGGUACCUUACCCUCUUCCAUACAUUUAUUAAAUAAUUGCACCAACCACUCGAAAACUAUAUCCCCACCUGCUUUUAACAUUUCUAUCUUUAUCCCAUCAAUCCCGGCUGCCUUACCCCCUUUCAUUUUACCUACUGCCUCACGAACUUCCCCCACACUCACAACUGGCUCUUCCUCACUCCUACAAGAUGUUAUUCCUCCUUGUCCUAUACACGAAAUCACAGCUUCCCUAUCUUCAUCAGCAUUUAACAAUUCCUCAAAAUAUUCCCUCCAUCUUCCCAAUACCUCUAACUCUCCAUUUAUUAACUCUCCUCUCCUAUUUUUAACUGACAAAUCCAUUUGUUCUCUAGGCUUCCUUAACUUAUUAAUCUCACUCCUAAACUUUUUCUUAUUUUCAACAAAAUUUGUUGAUAACAUCUCACCCACUCUCUCAUUUGCUCUCUUUUUACAUUGCUCUCUUUUUACAUUGCUCUCUUAACCUCUCUCUUUUUCUCCAUAUACUCGUCCCUCCUUGCAUCACUUCUACUUUGUAAAAACUUCUCAUAUGCUAACUUUUUCUCCCUUACUACUCUCUUCACAUCAUCAUUCCACCAAUCGCUCCUCUUCCCUCCUGCACCCACUUUCCUGUAACCACAAACUUCUGCUGAACACUCUAACACUACAUUUUUAAACCUACCCCAUACCUCUUCGACCCCAUUGCCUAUGCUCUCAUUAGCCCAUCUAUCCUCCAAUAGCUGUUUAUAUCUUACCCUAACUGCCUCCUCUUUUAGUUUAUAAACCUUCACCUCUCUCGUCCCUGAUGCUUCUAUUCUCCUUGUAUCCCAUUUGCCUUAAUUAUUAUUAUAUUUUGUGCACUGUUCAUAGAGUGUAAUGAGUGGAGAAAGCUCAGUCUUCUGUCUGUUAAUCACAGGAUGGAAAACCUACUCUUACAGUCAGAUAUUGUCCAUGAUCAUUUUUUGUUACAAAGUUUUAUUGUGCUUUUCACUUAAGAUUCUGAACUAUACAAUUAUGUGUGUAUACUCAUUUGUUUUCAUAGGGUAGUAGAAAAAACCUUGCUUGGAAUGUACUUAUUUAUAUCCAAUGGUACUGUACAUAAUAGUAUUGUAUAUAGCCUGUGGACUCUUUAUAGCAGUUCAUAUUAGAAAAAUAAGUGUAAAAAGCUUGCAUGGAAUGUAUAUUUUCAUAUUCUUUAUUUAUUUGUGUCCUUUGCUGUAAAAUAGUGGAGCUUUUAUAUACUGUAUACAGUUGCACCUCCUGUAUCCACACUCCUUUAUAUAUAACUCAAAACUACUUUGAAGGAACCAGUGAAAUCAUUUGUUAAUCACUAGUCAAUGACCGGUUCUCAUAAUUUUUCGUUGGUGCUGCAAGCGUCAAUGUACAAUGAGCAGGACGAGCAACGAGCCAAUACUCACUACAAGUAUUUUAUCCCAUGCACCUGUGCCAUAUCAGAAGCAUAACUGUUCAUCACUUCUGUACACUUCUGAAAGAUAGACAUAUCAAAGGGAUGUCAGGUAAAUGGACCCCAGUGCAGCUAAUGUGGCUUUUUAUUGUGGCAGCCUUUUGCUCUCUAAGAGCUUGACGAAGCUCCUGGAGAGUGAAAUGUUGCCACAAUAAAAUGUCACAUUAGUUGCCGCUGUCUCCAUUUUCCUAACAUUCUGUUAGUAAUUCUACUAUUAUUGCAUAUUACAGAGAGCUUGAAGAUAUUCAAGUGCAAAAAUAAGAACAUAAGAAUGUAGGAACACUGCAGAAGGCCUACUGGCCCAUACGAGGCAGGUCCUUAUCAAAACGACAUCUACCUAAAGCUACUCAAGAAAUAACUCCCGUACCCCUUGACACCAAUCAAACCCAGCCCCUCCCACUCAUAUAUUUGUCCAGUCUCUUCUUAAAGCUACCCAAGGUCCUAGCCUCUAUCGCCCCACUGGGAAGACUGUUCCACGCAUCUACAACUCUGUUAGAAAACCAGUACUUACCUAUGUCCUUUCUAAAUCUAAAUUUAUCCAACUUAAAUCCAUUAUUCCUGGUUCUUACCUGGUUCGACACCCUCAGUACUUUAUUAAUGUCUCCCUUGUUUAUGCCCGUCAUCCACUUAUACACUUCAAUGAUAUCUCCCCUUAUUCUACGCCUCUCCAGAGAGUGGAGAUUUAAGGCUUUAAGUCUAUCUUCAUACGGGAGGUUCCUUACACAGUAAAUCAUUUUAGUCAUUCUUCUCUGUAUGUUCUCUAAUGAGUCUGUCCAUCCUAUAGUAAGGGGACCAAAACUGAGCAGCAUAAUCUAAAUGAGGCCUCACUAGUGAUGUAUAGAGCUGUAAAAUAACUUUUGGACUUCUGUUACUUAUACUUCUUGAGAUAAAUCCAAGUAAUCUGUUGGCCUUGUUGCGCACACUAAGGCACUGCUGUCUUGGCUUUAGAUUUCUGCUUACCAUGACUCCCAAGUCUUUUUCAAAUGUGAGAAAAUUGAGUGAUCAUGUACCCUAGAGGGUUGAGUGGUCUUGCAAGUACUUCUGAUGAGUAUAAUAUCUACAAUCUCCAUGGGGAAAUGGAGAAGAAUUCUUCCUCAGUAAGCCAUGCCUGUUGUAAGAAGUGACUAAAAUGCCAGGAUCAAGGGGCUAGUAACCCCUUCUCCUGUAUAAAUUACUAAAUUUAAAAAGAAAAACUUUUGUAUCCCACUCUGCCUUGGUGGGAUACAGCUGGUGUUGAAAAAAGAUGUCUACAAGCAUAUGUAUUUCUUAAGAAUUUACUUUGUUGUAUUUUGUUCAUUAUAUGUAAGAUUUCAGUCCCAUGUCAAGUCUUUUGAAGAUAAAGAUUGUAUGUUACAUGUAAUGGUCUUUGUUAGCUCACUGUAUCUAUGUUGUGGUGGUCACUGUGCAGUCACCACAUUGCUUGCCACAGUUAUGAAUGACGAGUGUGUUAAUUAUUCAUAAUGUGCAGGAUGAGUUAUACUCCACAACAUUGUUGUUGCUUCUACUUUUUUAAAAGCUUAAUUAUCUAGAGGGAUCAAUCCCUGACAAUUUUUGGAUUCAUGAGGUGCAAUUGUGCAGUUUGUCUAUUGUGUUUAUCAUACAUUAAGUUUCCUUGUACAUUUGUUAGCAUGAGUCAACUAUACCUCUGCAUUGCAAGAAACCUUCCCGUCUUACUUCUGUAAUUUGUCGUAAACUCCAGUAAGUUUGUGACACAGGAUUUCUCAUCCCUUAAGCCAUGCUGGUUGUCAUGUAUGAUCCCAUUCCUUUCUAGGUGCUCCACCACUCUUCCAAUAAUCCUUGUGGUAACCCUUCUGAUUACCAUUUAACCCUCCAGUGAAAAUGUUCCUAUGUGCUAACCCUUCUGAUGACCAUUUUAACCUCUUUCUAGGUUAUAUGAUAAUUUCUUAAUGAAAAAUCUUAGAGUUAGGCACUAGCAAACUUUUCAGAAAGCUAAUAGUUUUAAAUAAGCUUUACUAAUGCCAAGUACAAAAAGAUUAUAUUUUUGUUCCUUGACAAUGAUUUUUUUGUUACAAAUUAUUUUUAUAGAGGAAGUGUAUUCAUGUAAUAUAAUUUAUGCCAGGUAAAUGGACACAGAUGCAACUUAUGUGCCAUUUUAUUGUGGCAACGUUUCACUCUCUAGGAGCUUUGUUAAGCCGUUACAAACAAUACAUGGACACAGAGAGUAUAUACGUAUAUAGGUACCAUGUGAGGUGGAAGACAGUUGCAUCUGUGUCCAUUUACCUUACAUUUUGUCGGUAAUUUUUACCAUUAUUACUUAUAUAAUUUGUGUUUUAUAUACUUGAAAGGGGUGUUGUAUUGAUUUUUCAAUACUUCUGCUACUAAGUGCAUUGUGGAUACUAAAGCUCACCGAUUACAUAUAUGCAUUACACAUAGGAAAACCAAAGAUUUUGUUUUAUUAAAAUUUCGUAGUUGAUGAACUCAGAUUAAGUUAUAAUAAACAGAAAAAUGGACGGUAGAGCAUCGGACCAUAGUUCAAGCCCCUCCCUGUCCAUUUGUCUGUAUAUUUCUUAGUUGAUAUUUAGAUUUUUGUUUGUUAAUUUAGCUGCAGUAUUUCUAACCAAAAAGAGUUCCUUAAGUUUGGCCAUACUGUAUGAAUGGUUUUAAAUGGUCUGGUGAUGCUAGCAAACUGUGGAAAAGGACAUUUGUGUAUGGUUCAGGACAUUUAUUAUUAUUAAAGGAAAAUGGUUUGCCAUGAGUGACUUUACCAGUCCUAUUAAUGAAGGCACUCAUGGUGAAACAUUUUCUUUCAUAAAUGUCCAGAACUGUGGACAAGUGUCCUUUUCCACAUACUGUAUAAAUGUUUCAAGCAUUUCAGCUCUUUGUUGCCAGCUUUAAAUGGAAGAUUGCUGGCAGACAUUAUCAGAUGCUUGGCAGUGCCCUUCAUGUUGAAUUGUUUGUAUCAUAGAAAAGAAUGUGCGUGUCAUAAGAGGCAACUAAAAUGCCAGGAGCAAGGGGCUAGUAACCCCUUCUCUUGUAUAAAUUACUAAAUGUAAGAAGAAGAAAAACGUCUAUUUCUUCGUUUUUUGAGUCAUCCUGCCUCGGUGGGAAAUGGCUGAUGUGUUAAAAACAAAAUAGAAAGGAUGUGUGAACUGUACAUAUUAGAAGAAAUUUCACAUGAAGCAUUGAAAGUUAGGAAUAACACCAUUUCUAAUGCAUGUUGUGAAGGUUUAAUGCUAGACAACCUUGAAAUAGGUUUCUGCUGACAAUAUUUGAUUUUUAUUUCAGUACAGGAGGGCCCUGCUUAUACAGUAGGUUAGGUUUUGGCUACUGUGGGGCCCUGCUUAUACAGCAGGUUAGGUUCUGGGCUACUGUGGGGCCCUGUUUAUACAGCAGGUUAGGUUCUGGGCUACUGUGGGGCCCUGCUUAUACAGCAGGUUAGGUUCUGGGCUACUGUGGGGCCCUGCUUAUAUAGCAGGUUAGGUUCUGGGCUACUACUGUAAAGCAAAAAUCACUGUAAAGUGAAACAUAGCUUUUUUUCACUUUUAAAUACAUAUAAAAGCAAUAGGGCUAGGCCUAGAAAAUGCCUAUACAGUACACACAUUACUUACCUUAAAAUAUUUUUUUCCUUAGCUUAUAGUGAGUGAUAAAUAUAUUGUAGGAAGUCUGAGCAAAUGAAGAAUGGGUAUAAUUGAAAACAGCUGCAUUAGCAAAAUGCUGUAAAGGAAGACCCUCCUGUACUUGCCAAGUUGUUUGCAAAGGGUGAGUCUCAGCUGCUGACCCCCCACCUUAAACUAUAAUUUCUGGCAUCAUUGGGUGCUGUGCGAAUGAGUGCGAGUGAAUGAAAACUGUGGAACAAAUUGAGGGUAUACCCUUUUAAGUCAUUUUUAGCAUCUUUUGUUCAAAUUAGAUUAAUACAAUAAUGCUAUACAGUACUGAUAAGUAGAGUAAGACGUGCAACAGUAAGGUAGUUUUAUUUCUGAAACUUUUCUACACAGUAGGCACCUUCCAUCGAAGACGUAGGUGUGAACGUGUUCGGUGGAACCUUGGUUUUCAAAUUUAAUUCAUUCUAGAUGUCAGUUUGACAACCAAAAUCGACAACCAAAACAAUUUUUCCUGUAAAGAAUAAUUUAAACAGAAUUAAUCUGUUCCAGAUCCCAAAUGACAAUAUACAGAAGCAGCAGCGAAGAGUUGAAGAAUCCGUCGGCCUAAAUGAAGUAAAUUUUGUUCUGUGGUACUGCUUGUUCAGCAGUACUACUUGUUCAGCUCCAUACCAUUGAACAAUAUUCAAGACUAUGGAGCUGAGCACUUCAAGGCUGAUGGACAGACCACAACUUGACUUCUCUAUCACUGUCUCCAUAUUUAGUCAGCUCUGUAUUUGAAACAGCUGAAUGUUUGGCUGAAACUGUUCAGCCAUGAAUGAUGCCCAACGCUUCCAGCACAUGUUUUGUGUUUCUGUUUUCUCUCUUGUUAUGACUUGUUAGAACAUGCUUUUAUAUUUAGAUAUGUCUGCUGCAUGAACCUUGACUUGUACACUUGGAUGUUAUAUCUGCUGUAUGACCCUUGACUUCUACUCUACCUCCACGAUUAUACAAUGAAACUACAGUGUCUGAAAAAAUACAUCCAUUCAAUAUUUUCAUUAUCCAACGUGGCUACGCAAGGAAUGUCGUCACAGAUACGAUUUUGUCCCCCUCAUAGAGAAAGAUGCCCGCCCAUACAUGUUUAAUGCUUCCCAAGAAUAGUAGAGCAACUGUCCAGGAAAUGCCACAACUUUGUGAAAGGCUUGAUCCAAGGGAUUGGAGCUAUCUUUCCCUUUGGAUCAAACCUGAUUACCUCUCAUACUCAAAGCCCUGUGAGUUUACCACUUCAAAAUGACUUAAUAAAAAUAUAUGC